AUGAAGCUGUCAUCGUCUUUGUUAGGUAAGCAUUUCAAGCUUCUAGUUGUUGGCGGAGGCGGUGGAGGGCUAGGUGCCAGUUACAAAUUUGCUAAAGUUUUGCCACCCAAUUCGAUCGGUAUAAUUGAACCUUCGAAGACACAUUAUUAUCAACCUGGUUUCACAUUGGUCGGAGGAGGUCUGAUGAGCUUGGAGGCGAACACACGGCAAGAAAAAGAUUUGUUCCAUCCGAACACUGUCUGGAUAAACAAAGCUGCUUCGAAAUUCCUUCCUGAGAAGAAUCAAGUUAUUUUGAAUGAUGGAGAGGAAUUGACUUAUGAUUUUAUGAUCUUAGCGACUGGUGUUGUUCCUCGUUUUGAUAAAAUAAAAGGUUUGGAAGAAGCUCUCAACACUCCAGGCGUUUGUACCAACUAUUCUCCCAAAUAUGUACAAAAAACUUUUGAAGAAAUAAACAAAUACGAAUCUGGGAAUAUCAUUUUCACCUUCCCCAACGCCCCCAUCAAAUGCCCGGGAGCUCCGCAAAAAAUCUGUUACAUUACUGAUUCCCAGCUGAGGAAAAUGGGAAAAAGAAAGAAUGGUGAUAUUUACUAUAUGACUGCUUUGCCAAAGAUUUUCGGAGUUGAAAAGUAUCGAGUUGCCCUUGACAAAGUGGCGGCGGAGAAGGAAAUAGUUGUUAAGACGUUGACCAAUUUAAUUGAAAUUAACAGUAAGGAGAAGUUAGCUACUUUCGAAAUUCUGAACGCAGAAUGCAAACCCUCAGGCGAGACCAUGCAAAUGAAAUAUUCCAUGAUUCAUGUGGGUCCUCCAUGUUCCCCAAUUGCGCCUUUAGUAGGAUGCCAACCCUUGACGGAUGCUAAUGGAUACAUAGAUGUUAAUCCUACUACUUUACAAAGUAAAGCAUUCAAGAAUGUCUUCGGUGUAGGAGAUUGUAUGAACACACCCAAUCCCAAAACCGCAGCUGCAGUUUCCAGUCAUUUGAAAACAGUCGAGAAAAAUUUGAAAGCUGUUAUGAAUGGAGAAACACCAGAAGCAGCAUAUGAUGGAUAUGCUUCUUGUCCUCUUGUUGUUGGUACAAAUAAGGUAAUUCUGGCAGAAUUUAGUAAUGGAAUUCCGAUGGAAACCCUACCUAUUGAUCAAUCUAAGCCGAGUAUAAUGAAUUAUGCUAUGAAACGGUAUUUGAUGCCCUUCUUAUACUGGCAUGGCUUGAUCAAAGGAGUAUGGAAUGGGCCAUCAACUAUACGCAAGAUUCUACAUUUCGGUUUUUUACCAAAACAGAAAUAA